UGCGGCCGGAGGCAGGUUUUAAAGAAGAAAACAAAGAGGAGCUGCCAAUCAGAAGACUUGCCAUGAGUAGUAAUCCAUAUAAGAGACUUGCCUGGAGUGAUGAUGGCUUUGAUUCAAAGCACAGACAAGAUCUCAAAGAUUCCAGCGUGACCCACAAGAAGAAAUCAAAUGAGAAGGGAAGGAGACUGGCAGUCAGUCAAUGGGACACAGAUGUACAAUUCCUUGUUUCAUCUUCUAAAUGGCUUCAACUUCAUGGUCUCAAAAGAAACAAAUUGUCCCUAUCCCAGAUUUUGUCACAGAUUGGAUUCCAGCACAGGAAAGGUUAUGUGACCACCCUGGGGAAACUUGUGGCUUCUCGGUAUGCAGAUGGUCUGUUUCCUCAAUACAAGAAAGCACAAGACGGCACCGUGUAUAAUCUGACAGCCAAAAAAGAACUGAUCCUUCAUUUUGUGGAUUGUCUAAUGGGAGCUAUUGAACUAUAUAAGCAGCGAAUAGAAUGGUUAACCAGUGAGAGCCGACAGAUAUUUGGAGUGAUUCAAGAACAGUGCAUCAUCAUUGUUUUGGAUUUUGGCACAGCAUCUCCAGCUGAAUUUGAUGUAUGUCAGGAUGCAAUUUGUAUGGUACUUGUGGAACAGGUGACCCAAAUUGCCAAAUUCAACCUCAUUCGAGUUGCUCAAGUUCUUAUGAAGUGGGAACCAAAAUCUACUCCUGUGUCUGAGCAUACUGUAAAGUCUGCUGUUAUGUGGCUCUGGAAGCUGGACCAUAUGACAGCUGCCAGCCAUACCAGCUCUGCUGAAGCCCUGCUGGAAGCCAUGAGCGAUGAGGCGGUUGAAGCUGUUUAUUACUUUGCUGUGGGCGAUGUUCCCGUGGACACAAAGCAGCUACUCCUUGAAAAGGUUUCUGAUGCCCCCUGUCCAAUCAAUGCUGUAUCUUUCAAUGCUAGGGAAGAUGAAACUAUUCUUUUUCUGAAAGAGCUGAGCCGUUUGGCCUGUGGCAGAUUCCAUGCUUUUGCUGAGAAGAAUAACUGCAGAGAUGCUAGUGGACCUGCACUAAAAUGUGAAGAGGAUGGAAAAGAUGUAAUCACCCUGAAUUCCAGAGCAAUGAAUGACCAAAUGCCACUAGUAGCUGGUGUCCAUCAAGAUGUCUUUUUGAUCUGGAAGGAGAUGGAGGAAGCCAAGAGUACACUGAUACAAGUUCAGAAAGUUUUAUCAGAAACUGACCACCCUGUUUCUCAAAAUGAUGAACACCCAUUACAAAAGCAUACACCUGACAAAUAUUUGACUUCUGAGAAGUGGUUGCAGAAGUAUGGCUUGAAAGCCCAGAAGCUUACACUGUAUGAUGCACUCGCUGAUUGUACUUUUCGCCAUGCAGAUGGGAUUGUUGACAUAAAAACUAAACCAAAGGAUGAAUCUUCACAAACUGAUGCUGAGACGAAGAGGAAGAUAAUUAAUGCAAAAUACUGUGACAAGUUUGUACAUACCUUCUGGAAAGAUGGAUCUGUAGUUCACGUGUAUGUUAGUUCAGAAAAGUAUAAGCAAUAUGAAGAGAAAAUGAGGACAGCUCUCAGACAAAUGGAAGGGAGGAUUAAGUGGCUUCAGCAAGGAAGCAGAGGGCUCUUUGGAAAUGUGGUUGAAGAUAAUGUCUAUAUUCUUAUUGAUACAUCUCAGUCUAUGAAGAACAAGCUGCCACUGGUAAAGGAGAAAAUAUUCCAGCUCUUACAGGAACAAUUGAGACACAAAAAGCAAUUUAACUUUGUGAAAUUUAGUGCCCAGGCAGUGGCAUGGCAAGAGAAACUCACUGAAGUUAAUGAGGAAAAUUUACAAGAUGUUUGGCAAUGGAUAAAAGGACUUGAGUUUGGAAGUUCCACAAACACACUCAGAGCUCUCCAGAUUGCUCUUGCUGAUGCUGAUGCUCAGGCUAUUUAUCUCUUGACUGAUGGAAGGCCUGACCAGCCCACUGAAAGAAUUUUGUCUCAAGUCCGUCUGCAUUGCAAAAUUCCCAUCCAUACUAUAUCCUUCAACUGUGAUGAUACAGAAGCAAAUAAAUUUUUAUAUGAAUUAUCUACUGAAACAGGGGGACGAUUUCAUUACUACAACAUUUAUUUGACUGAUCCUGAUGCUGAGGAGUUUAUUGUUAAUGAAGAUGUACGUGUUUUGAAAAGAGAGAUUGAACAAGGAGAAAGAGACCUAGAGAAAAUGAAGACUUUUCAUCAAGAAUGUCAGUUGAUGAAUGGCUAUAAUAGAGAAAAUGAUCCAAAGAAUAAUAAUGACAAGCAAACACAUACUGUGUCUUCUGUAACCACGGAAGCUGAAGAGCUGAGUACUACUUUGAGCAGUAGGCUGUGCCAUGCUCCAGAAAAGUCAUCAGUGACACCAUGUCAGCAAAUCUGGAAGACCACUGCUACCAAUCCAGCCCAAAGGAAGAAAGCAUUAUAUGCAGAGCAAACAAAGACGAGUCUGCUGAGAAUCCUGAGUCACAGUGUGAAAUCUAGUGAGGAAAAUCUAGAGGACCAGGUAUCUCCUGAAGAAAAGUUAUUUUCUGUCCAAAGGAGUGUGAAAUGCACAACCAUUUUCAAAGAUGUGAAAAUGCAGAAAGCUGUGAAAAAAUCAUCUAAAAGUUCUCUAGGUACCUCUUCAGCACUUUGGUUAAAGACUCAUGGCUUGGUUGCUAGACGACUCACCAUAAUGGAUGCCUUAGGUCCUACAGCUGUCCCACAUGGUACCAAAUACAUCCCAGUUCUGGACAAGCAUGUAGUUUCUAAAGUAUUUGAUGAGAUACUACCGUUGGCCCAUGUUAGCAACGACAAGAAGCAGAUCACACUAAUUAAUCCUCAGGCAGUGAAUCUUGAUGCCUAUAAAGUGAAGCUGGAGCAAGCAAUUAAAUCCUAUGAAAGGCGCCUAAACCUAACUAUUUGGAGAGCACUAUCUCAGGAGGAGAGAGACAAAUUUAAAGAGGAUGGGCCAGUUCAAUAUAUGCAGCAUAAAGAGGCCUUGCUGGAGGCUUUAGAGAAUUCAGGAUGGCCAAUUUCCUAUGAAGAUGUAAUAUUGUUAGAAGAUGAGAUAUUGGCAGCAUUAACAUUUAUGCAACAAGCCUCUGAUCUUCAGGAAGCAGUCAAAAAGGAAAAUGAGAAGAAUUCAGAAUCACACAUACAUAAGCAUAAGAAGAGACUUGAAGAAGAAACUGUGAAAUCAAAGUCUAAGAACAGACAAAAAGGUCAAAUAUUUGUGACUUACAAAGGCCAAAAGGUGAUUGCAAGAUCAGAUGUGACAGGAUUUUAUUACCCAGGAACUGUGAUGAAGAACAUCAGUUGUACCUAUGUACUUGUUGCCUUCAGCAAUGGGGAGACCCGAACUGUACCUGUGAAGUUCACUAUACCUGUGGGAGGUGCUAUGCCAUGCCCAUAUCUGCAGGUUGGAGACUAUGUGUUUACCAGAACGAGAACGGUGACAGGAAAUCAAUAUUAUGUGCCUGCCAUUGUUAUAGCAACACCAAAUAGGGAGGAAAAAGAUGACAAACUCUACACUGUUCUCAUGUUCAACAACAGGAAAGAACACUGUGUAAGAAGUGAGCUUAUUAAAAUCAGCCGAAUGAAGUAUGACUUUUCCUGUCACUACAUAAGAAUGGUGCAGAUGGUGGAUUAUGUGAUCCUGGACAGAGACAGCACAAAGCCUCUUUACUCAUUUGUAGAAGAUGAAGGAGAAGAAGCUAAACAAAGAAUUGUGAAAGAAGAUAGAGAAAAGAAAAAGAGGAGAGCAGUAGACAAAAGACAUCCCAGGAAGAUGAUGGAUUCUGAUGACCUUUUGUUUGUCUCCAGAGGGGAAUUAAAGCAAAAAGGAAGACAUUCACUGCCUAGAAAUGAAGAAGAAUUUGGAGGUAAAGAAGUAGCUCUGGAAAAUUACAAAUAUUAG